GAUCGAUGGCGAUACCGGAGCUUCUUAACGAUUUGGUAGAUGAGAUACUCUGUCGCGUUCCGGCCACAUCCCUGAAACGGUUACGAGCAACUUGCAAACGAUGGAACCGUUUGUUCAAAGAUGAUAGGAGAUUCGCAAGAGAGCACUUUGAUAAUGCCCCAAAGGAGAUUCACUCUCUCAUCUUGACAGAGAAGUGCCGGAUUUGUCCUUUGAGCAUAAUCAAUCUUCCCCCACAUGGAGACGAUGUUCCUCCUCUUCCAUCUGUAGAGGUAAAAAGAGAACUUAGCCUACCACAUCCGUGUCCCUUUAAAAAUUCACGUCAGUUUGAUAUAACAGAAGUCUUUCACUGCGACGGCUUAUUGAUAUGCGUCAAGGAAGGCACCCGCCGUUACGGAUCUCAAAUAGUGGUUUGGAACCCGUUUACUGGUCAAACCAGGUGGAUCGAAGCCAACAAUCGUUGGAAGAAUACCAACACAUUUGUUCUCGGGUACUACAACAAGAAGAACAACAAGUCCUCCUGCAGUCAAAGAAGCUACAAAAUUUUGUGCUAUAAUGGUGGCGAAGAUACCGAAAUCUACGACCUUAACUCCUCUGAUUCGUGGAGGAGGAUUCCUGAUGGUGAUCUCACUCCACCAGGCUGGGACGGUAUGAUCUCUGGAGACAUCGUGCCUUUGAAGGGAAAUACUUACUUUAUUGCUAAGGAGAAAUCAAAACCGCAACUUGGCUGGUCAUUGCUCAGAUUUGAUUUCUCUACUGAGAAAUCAUCUCUGUUUGUGCCUCUUCCCUAUCAGUGUCCAUUGUAUAAAAUUUUGAGUCUUUCUGUUGUUAGAGACGAGAAACUUUCCGUGUUUUUACAGCCCGAUUCUACAUGCAAGGCUGAGAUAUGGGUGACAAGUAAGAUUGGUAAUGACUCCACCAAAGCGGUGUCCUGGAACAAGGUCUUAGCAUUCGAUUUGAGCCCUCAUCUUCAAAUUACUGAUCUAGUAAAUUUUGUGCUUGACGAGGAUAAGAAACUCGCCGUGUGUUGUGAUAGAUGGAUAGAAGACUGCUACAUCCACUGCAUCGAUAAGAUAUUCAUUCUCGGGGAGAACAAUCAAGUCAGUCAAUCUGGUUGUGAUCCGCUUGUUACACAUCAGACAGGACCUUGGCCAGCUCCUCUUUAUUACGUUCCAAGUUUGGUCCAAAUCGAGCUACCUGCUGGAGGCAAAAGAAAACCAAUUGACUAA